UUGCCCUUCCAUAGCACAUCUGGCUAAAAAAAGGUCGAUAUCUUGCCGGGUAUUGUGACUUCACAUGUCUGCCUGUGCGGCGUGUUAACCCUCAAUGGCGCUGGGAGAUGGCAGCGCGCCUCCAGACGCCCUCGAUGCUGUCGACUACGACCCGAUAGACCAUCUCAACGCCCUCUUCUCGCAUCCCUCGACCCUCUCAUCCGUACCAGCAGUCUCCAAGCAACUCCAGAACUAUGAAGCCUCCCUCGACUCAUCCAUCUCCUCCCUCGUCACAGCACAAACAACCUCCGACAGCGACAGCGUCCGCCGCAUUCAAGAUGCCAAAGCCGAGCUCGCGACUUUGUUCGCGAAGAUCGAUGGCGUACGGGAAAGAGCGCUGGAGACGGAGAGGACCAUCACCGAGAUGACAGCAGAUAUCAAGCGCUUGGACAGCACGAAACGGAACUUGACACUCUCGAUGACGGUGCUGAAGAGGCUUCAAAUGCUCACGACUGCAUAUGAGCAGUUGCGAGGAUUGUCAGAGACGAGACAGUACCGCGAAUGCGCCCACCUUCUGCAAGCCGUCAUUCAGCUCAUGGCGCAUUUUAAGAGCUAUAGGAGUAUUGACCAGAUUGCUACCUUGUCCAAGAAUGUGAGCGAGGUGCAGAGAGAAUUGCUGGAGCAAGUCUGCGAGGACUUUGAAGUCACAUUUGCGAGGAGUGAGGUGCAGCAGAAGAGAGGCAUGCUGAAUGAAGCGUGCCAGGUCAUGGAUGCUUUGGGAGAACAUGCUCGCGCGAGACUCAUCACAUGGUAUUGCAAUACACAGUUGAGGGAAUAUCGGCAGGUGUUCCGAGGCAACGAUGAAGCUGGCAGUUUGGACAAUAUCUCGAGGAGGUAUUCGUGGUUCAAUCGUAUGCUCAAGACGUACGAUGCUGAGCACGCCGCUUUGUUCCCGCGAGAGUGGAAGGUCAACGAGAUGCUGGCGAACGCGUAUUGCGAGAAUACAAGAGACGACUAUAAGGAAAUUUUGAAGAAGAGCAUGCGGCGCGCGGAUGGACAGCCACCGGACGUGAACCUGCUUCUGUCGUGCUUGCAGGAGACGCUCGACUUCGAGCACAGUCUAGAAAGGCGGUUCUCUUCUGGCGAGUCGAGAUCGAGCAUGGACACUGUUGCAUCAGGGGCUGAGGGAGAGAAGAGGCAUGGCUUCAGUCAGGCCAUCUCUGAGGCUUUCGAGCCAUACCUAAGUGUAUGGGUGGAAUCGCAGGACAAGCAGCUUGCGUCCUUGAUCCCAAGGUAUCGACAACAGCACAUUCGGCCACCGGAGGAGGAGUUCCACUCGCAGCUGGUCAUACCUUCGUCUACGGAGCUGUUCCAUCACUAUCGUGUCACGCUUGCGCAGUGCGCGAAAUUGUCGACAGGCGGUCGGCUGUCCGAGCUCUCGACCACUUUCGGGAAAUAUCUCGAUCAGUAUGCACAGCAGGUGCUGUUCUUCUUCCUCUCCGAGAAGACUGGCGGGCCUAGUGUGGAAGAUGCAGUCAUCAUUCUCAAUACCGCUGACUACUGCUACACGACUACCAAUCAGCUCGAGGAGAAGAUCAAAUCACGGAUUGAUGAGGACUUGCGCGACAAAGUCGAUCUCCAAGCUCAGGCCGAUACUUUCAUGGGCGUCGCUUCUGCAUCGAUACGCGCUUUAGUCCACAAAGCGGAAGCCGAGUGCGAGCCUGCAUGGCGAGAAAUGCGCUCAAUACAAUGGGCCAAGAUGGAAAGCGUGGGCGACCAGAGCAGCUACGUCUCUUCGCUCCUCGCACGCGUCAAGGAUCGGAGCAAGGACAUUCUGCGAUUACUCCACAAGCCACAAUACGCGCGAGCAUAUUGCGACAACCUGGUCGAUGCUCUUACCACUACCUACAUCACGAACAUCGUAGCGUGUAGACCUGUUUCAGAGACCGGCUCCGAGCAGAUGCUCCUGGACACCUACGUGCUCAAGAAGGGUCUGUCGGAACUGGCAACGCUCAAGGAAGAAGACGGCACUCCUCUUAACCAGGCCUUCGUCAAGCGCGUCAACCAAAGUACAGGCAAGCUCGAUCCGAUCUUGAAGACCUUGCAAGUCCGGGCGUCACCACCAGAAGGUUUGGUCCAAGCAUAUCUCAUACACAUCCGCGACCGUUCUGAAGCCAACUUUCGCAAAAUGCUUGAGCUCAAGGGUAUUACGCGCAAGCAAGAGCAGAGUCAUCUCAUCGAACUAUUCAACGCUCACAAAGCCAGUCCUGCGAAUGAAAGCUUACAGGCCAGCAAUCCACUCAUUGCAGCGUUGCAGCUCACGAAUCAAACUGCACCGACCACUGCUGGUCUCGGUCUCUCAGCACUCAAGGACAACGCGAUUGCGAACUCGACACCCUCGCUGCCAGCCCGAUUUGACCCUUCGAACUUUGGUACUGCUCUCAUGAAUGCUGCGAGAGACGCGGGCGAUCGCUUCUCGACGCCAAAUAUCGGCAUUGGCAGAGAUGGCACUGCUUCGGCGAACGUGGCGAGUCGCACGACUUCGCCGCCUGUGGGCGGGCCUGCUAGGGCUAGCAUGGAUGCGGAUAGUCCGGCUGCGACGCUGAAUGAGAAUUUGAGGAAUAUUGGACGUUUCUUCAAGAAGGACGGGGCUGGAUUUGGCGGGUUCGGUCGAUGAGACUGAAUUACGGUUCCUUCAGCAAGCCGUAUCGCUUUCGGACCCAUCAAGGUACUCAUCUGCAGAGGUUCGACGUUCACAUCAUGCAUUCGAACACAUUCCACUAUUCCAAGUUGCUCUCCGCUAAUAACUGCUGCUGCUGCACCAUCCUGAAUAAGUGAUGCCAUGCGUUUGCCAAAAGCACGGGACGGGCCCGAAAGCGCGCCCUUCGAC